AUGUACGAACGCAUUAUCGAGGAUGCACCACUAUUCAUUCACAGAGGAUUUCUCGUUGACACUGCCAAACAUUAUAUCAGUGUUGAUGAGAUUGUGAUGUUCAUUGAUGCAAUGGCGGUUGUGAAAAUGAAUGUAUUUCAUUGGCAUAUGACGGAUGACAGUUCAUUCCCCUAUGUGUCAUCCACAUAUCCUCGACUCUCCCGAGAAGGUGCGUAUCAUCCACGGAAGUUGGUUUAUGAGAAUGAAGAUGUUGUUCGUGUGAUAGAGUACGCUCGUCUACGUGGGAUACGUGUGAUGGUGGAAUUUGAUACCCCGAGUCACACAAAGUCAUGGGAAAAAAGUUAUCGUGGAAUGCGGACAAAAUGUUCUUCUGGAAGUCAAUUAGGCCCAUUCAACCCUGCACGUGAGGCCAACUUUAAAAUUCUGAAAGCGUUUUUCAGAGAAGUGACGUCAGUAUUCCCAGAAGCAUAUAUCCAUUUGGGUGGUAACGAUGUUUCCUUCUCAUGCUGGGAAUCGAAUGCUGGAAUUUCGGAUUUCAUGAAGCUGAAGAAAUUCGGUGAUGACUACGGGAAACUUGAAUCGUAUUACUUUGACCGACUCAUUGAAGCUAUUCAAUCAGUUCAACCAGAGGGACACGCGAUUACACCAGUGGUUUCGAAUGAAGUAUUUCACAAUGGUUAUCGUCCGAAUAAGACCAUUGUGAUGCACGUCUGGCAGGGCAUAAAUUGGCCGAAUAUUGUUAAAUCUAUAACAUCAACUGGUUAUCGAGUUAUAGUUUCGGCAUGUUUGCAAAUCUCUCCUUCAAACCAGGCAACUCGAUGGUAUGAUUAUCAUAACUGUGAUAUUGCAGCAUUUGAAGGUACUGAGGAAGAGCAGAAAUUGGUGAUUGGUGGAGAAGCCAUUGUAUCUGGAGAAAAUGUGGACGAUACAAAUCUCUUCACGCGCGCAUGGCCUGAAGGUGCAGUCAUAGCCGAUCGUCUGUGGUCACAUGAUCAGUCCACCAUUGUUGAAAUGAAACAAAUACUGGAUGAACUGCGUUGUUAUAUGAGAGAAUUAGGAUUCAAAGUGAAACCGUUAGAUGAACCGAAGAGUUGUUUACAACCAUAA